UUAGAAGGCCGGCUGAGCCUCCGCUCUCCUGCAGAGCGACGCGAUUCCCUGGAGGAACCUUCGGAAGCCGCGGGAAAAAAAAAGAAAAGAAAAGUCACCGACUCGCAUCAAUGGCCAACCAGCGGGAAGAAAGAUACACCUAUGAGGAUUGUAAGAAGACAGCAGAUUGGCUCCUGAGUAAAACCAAGCAUCGGCCACGAGUGGCUAUCAUCUGUGGUUCAGGGCUUGGGGGGCUGGCUGACCUCCUGAAGGACCAAGUGGUGUUUGAUUAUGCCAAGAUACCCAACUUCCCCCAAAGCACAGUCGUAGGCCAUGCUGGCAAGUUGGUUUUUGGAAAUUUGAGCGGGAUGCCGACUGUGGUGAUGCAAGGCCGCUUCCAUAUGUAUGAAGGCUACCCACUGUGGAAGGUGACCUUCCCAGUUCGGAUCUUCCAUCUGCUUGGCGUUGAAACCAUGAUUGUCACCAAUGCGGCUGGAGGGCUCAAUCCUGCCUUCAAAGUGGGGGACAUCAUGGUGAUCCAGGACCACAUCAACUUGCCUGGGUUUUCUGGGCAGAACCCUUUGAUGGGACCGAAUGAUGAUAGGUUCGGCGUUCGCUUUCCAGCCAUGUCGGAUGCCUACAAUGAAGACUAAAAACUGGCUGUCACGGUGGCCUCUGAAAUUGGCUGUUCUGACUGCAUGAGAGAGGGGGUAUACUGUGCCUUGGGAGGCCCCAACUACGAGACCAUCGCUGAAUGCCGCUUCCUGCAGAGACUGGGUGCUGAUGCCGUUGGUCAAAGCACGGUCCCUGAGGUCAUUGUGGCCCGUCACUGCGGCCUCCGAGUUUUUGGCUUCUCCCUCAUCACCAACAAGGCCAUUUUGGACUAUGACACCAAAGAGAAGGCCAACCAUGAGGAAGUCUUGGCAGCCAGCCGCCAAAGCGCCCGCACCCUUGAAAGCUGGUCUCCAUGAUGGGUGCAACGCAUUGAACCAAACAACAACUUAGGUCUAGGGGCCCCAUCCAGCUCACGAUCGCCCGCGUGACUUUGGGCAAGGAUGUGAAUAUGUUCUUAUUCAAUCCUGCUGCUAAGAUUCCUACUCUGGGAUGAUGCGGACAAUUUGGUCUGAGACUUUGCCGAGAGUGGAAUAAUAUCAUCCUUAUCUUGCCUACUGUCCGCCUUUGACCAAGAAGCCCAUUUUUUUUGUCUGCCUGUUUUUGCCCUUCGGUGUGUUGCUUCUGCAUGUGGGUAGAUCAUGCCCUUCAUCUCAUCUGUUCUCUGUAAAACUCCUCCAGAAAUUCCCGUUGGAGCAGACCACGUAGUCACCUCACAUGGGCCUGUUUUACUUUUAAAUGGAGGAUGUGUGAGGAAUCUAGAAGUCCUUUGCUCAUUCCAAAAUGGCCGCUCUCUCCUCAGGAACCAAGCAAGAACUGGUUGCUUGUUUUUUUUUUAAGGUUCCAUUUUGUUUCUGGUUUGGGUUUAGUUUUCUGAAUCCUACAAUCGUUGUUGGAGAAGAGUUCAAAGACCACCAAAUCUUAUCUGUUAGAUGUUUGGGUCUUCUCCUGUGCUCGGGCAUUUUGAACAGAAAGUCUUAACUGAUAUGCAGUAACUUGUCUGGCCUGUCAUGUUUCCAAUACUUGAAAAGUUAUCUGUGGCUUCUUCCUUUGGUCCUUGAGGUUAUGUGUUGAAGCUGCAUAUUAAUGUCUUGAUUAACAUUUAACCACACUUGUUCUCCAAAGAAGCUACUGAAUUGCUCAGAAUUUGAAGCUAUCAUCUUCAGGCAAUAAACCGGCGAGAUCACGUACUCACAAAAUGUAGAUGAUGGUAAUAAGUGAAUGUCAGGAUAUCCUAUGUCAAAUUUAACCCACUAGAAUGCACCUCCAUAGCAACUAGAAUAAAAAAACCUCCUGCAUAUAAAAUUAAGUACAUCCUGUGGGGUUCGAACUCUGAGUUGCUAGCAUCCUGUUUGGAGGGAACUGUUUGUUUUUCCUGUGUGGAAGGGCCUUCAGAGAUGUCUAACCCCCUAAAUUUGAAUCUCUUGUAAGGAUCUGUGGAGAUUCUCAAAUCAUCCAGGCAAUGGUUUUCAAGAGGCAAUUGGACUUCCUUCUUCCUUGAAGGUGUUUUAGUUCAGAACUGAAGAAGCUUCUUGGAUAAAAGGCAUGAAAACAUCUUCAAGGAAAAUCAUAGUCCAGUGUCCUCUUGAAAAAGUAUUUUGGGGGCUCUUUUAAGGCUAAGUCUGUAAGAAGUAGGGAAGGCCUACUCGGUUGUGUUUCAUUGUCUUUUAUUACCACAGUCACAUGUUCUUGUUUAAGGGAAAGUAGGCAUCCUUGUCUCUUAGAUUCCUUUAGAUUUCACAUCUACCAGGUUCCCAAUCAAGCGAUAGGUGGGAGAUUAAGAAUGGAUUUCUAGUUCCCCUCUAACAAGCAAUAUGGUUGGACGGUUGAGAACUUGCUGGUCCAGAGGGAGCUGGUCAAUGCACAGUUUUUGCAAGAUGGUCUUGAGAAUCCCAAAUUCAUUAAGCGACCCAAAACAUCAGGAGGAAACUUCAUCCAUAAAUAGAGAUUAUUUGCUACUUUCAAGUGCAGAUAGGGAGCCUAUCUCCCCUCCUCUGUCAUAUCUGGGAACGGGGAAUUCUCUUAAUUUGUUAAUCAUAACUUCUUAGCCUAAUAAUUCUGCCUGUCUUCAGGGGGAAACAAGAGGCGGCAAAUGAUGGCAUCAUUUUGACAUCAUUGUGGCUUGUUUCAAACGAUGGUGCUGCUCACGGUUCUUGUUCGGAGCUCCCAGUGAAUCACCUGAUGCAUCUUUGUGUGAAGGAGUAUGUCUGCAGGUGUGGUGGGAAUGUCUUUCUUCUUCUAAUGUGGUCCUAGGAUUCAGCAGCUUUUUUCUGAUUUAAGAAGAACGUUGUUUCUGUUGCAGUGGCCGAUUACUUUCCUAGAUGUGUUACCUUCUGAGAAUGAAUACAAACUCAUUAGGGACAGAGAUGUUGGAGAGGAGAUCUACUGGUGUGAAAGUUUAUGAUUCAGAUUUUUGCAAAGACAGAUGUGAACACCGUUAGGGAGCCAACCAAUUGUGAAAUAAUUCUGGCGUAUUCUCACAUUUUCCAUAGUGUGCAAAACCUAUCAGCUGGAAUUUUUGCAAGAGGAAAGAAGUCAAUUGCAGCUUCCGCUCUGCAAAUGCAAUUUUUCUUUGAGACACAAAAUCCAGCUGCAAAGCUUGGCUUAAAAGAGAUCUUCCAGGCACUGAAAUCCAGACACACACGCACACACACCCACAAUAACAUCAGUCAGCCUUUUCUGUUGCGCAAAGCUACUAUUCCAAAAUGCAGUUUUGAUUUCUGCUAGUAAAUUCUCUUUUCCGUUCACUUUUCUGAAUUCCUCUUUCCCUUUUCUUUCCAUUCGGCCUGGACUCAAACACAAGCUUUCGCCAUCUUUCAAAUCACGCUGAGAAGUCAAAGCAGAGGAAGUUGAUGACGAAUGGGGGCUCAAUAAGCCUGAAUGUUUUCAAAUUAGACAUAGUGAAUAUAUUUUUUUAGAGCGUCCGCAAUCUGCACUUUUUAUUUUAUUUAAAUUACUGCAAUGGAGCCCCUCUUUUAUUAAUUAUAAUGUAACUAAUAAAGUUAAGUUGCAAUGAGAA